AAGGAAAUAUAUUACAUAAGCUGUCUUCUUUAAAAAACCAAAAACCCUAAAAUCCCCAAUAAGUCUGUUUCUCCGUCCUCCCCGUUUCUGUGCAUUUUUUUUAAAUAGGAUUAACCCCAGAGGAAGGCCUUCCAGAAAUUCUCAACGAGUACCAGGGACGACCCCAGGCUGAACUGGUCGGAAAUAGUUUUCAACUAGCAAUAGACGAGCCUGCUUAGGAAUCUAAAGAAGAUGGAGGAGCAGAAAACGCCAAAGAUUUCAGUCUGGGACUUGCCGGAUGUUCCCAAAGGAAAGCUGCCGCCUCAUCUUGAAAUCCAGAGAACUCGCGUUCUCUGCACUUCAGAUGCCCCGACUCAUACAGAGAAUAUACGCUACUCGGGUGCCUAUGCAUCGAUGGGAGUGGAUAACAGCUUGCAAUUGGAACAUUUUCAUGAUAAUUUUAGACUGGAAGUUAUUAGACUUAAUGAGGAUGAUAUGGAGUUCGAUAUGAUUGGGAUUGAUGCUGCUCUCGCUAACGCAUUACGCAGAAUCCUCAUAGCCGAGCUUCCCACUAUGGCUAUUGAAAAGGUCUUGAUUGCAAACAACACAUCUGUUAUCCAAGAUGAGGUUCUUGCCCAUAGACUGGGUCUCAUUCCACUUAAAGUUGAUCCAAGGAUGUUUGAAUAUAUGUCAGAAAAUGAUGUACCUAAUGAAAAGAACACCAUUGUAUUCAAACUUCAUAGUCGUUGUGAAAGGGGCAGUUCACGGAUUAAAGUAUUGUCCAAUGAGCUACAGUGGCUACCUAGAGGCAGUGAGCUCGCCCUGAGCACAGAAAAACCGGCUGUGGAUCCAACUUCAAGGCCCAGAACUUAUACUUCAUUCAAUUGUAGCCAAGACUCUCUACCAGAAUUUUCCAACAACCCAAUAGGCCCCAAGCAUGCCGAUAUUAUUAUAGCCAAACUGGGACCUGGACAGGAAAUUGAGUUGGAGGCGCAUGCUGUGAAAGGCAUGGGUAAGACACAUGCGAAGUGGUCCCCUGUUGCCACUGCGUGGUAUAGGAUGCUUCCUGAGGUUGUGUUGUUGCAAGAAGUAGAAGGUGAAAAGGCAGAAGAACUUGUAAAGAAAUGUCCCGUUAAAGUAUUUGACAUUGAAGAUAUUGGUAAAGUAGGUAGAAAGAGAGCAACAGUGGCACGACCUCGGUCUUGUACGCUUUGCAGGGAAUGUAUCCGAGGAGAUGAUUGGGAUAAGUAUGUUACAUUGCGACGUGUGAAAGAUCAUUUCAUCUGUAAUUAUAUUCUGCUGCUAUAUUUUGAUUGUUGAGGAAGAAUAAAAUGUUCCAAAAACGUCCAGUCUAAUGGUCCAAAGUUACCCUGAAGCAACAGUGUUAACAGUUCAUAUAAUUUUUCCUGCUCUCUGGAUAGUCAUGGCUCAUGAAAGAUAAUUUUCUCGCUGUAAAACAAAAAAAGUCAAGGCUUUCACAUCAUACACUGUAAAAAAUUAACUUCAAAGAAUUUUGUCUUAUCUGUGUACCACUUUUCAGUAACCGGACUUCAUUGAAUGUGCUAUAUCAUAUUAUGUGGGUUUCCAACCAAGUUCUGCCUUUCAAAUGCUGGUGUUGGAGUAUUUCAGUUUAAGUAGGGAGUGUAGGAUGAGACUUCUAGUUACAGAAAAGUAACGAGGAAAGAGUUUUGCUGUUGUUA